AUGCGUAUUGGUGAAUUUGACAUCGUCGAACCAGUGCCGGAGUUGCACGAGCCGCACCUGCUGGCCGUGCUCCGCCCUUGGAUCGACGUGGGAAACGUGGGCAGUUUGUCCCUCGGCAGGAUCGAGCGCCAUCUGCGUAGCCAGGAGCUCGGGCGCCUCUAUCGCCCGGGGCGCUACUACGAUUUCACGCGCUAUCGCCCGCGCUCCUACCUCGUCAACGGCCGCCGCGAGGUCACCGUCCCGAACACGAUCAUCCGUUACGCCAACCCCGAAGACGGGCCCCAUCUCCUGACCGCGCACCUGUUGGAGCCCCACCUCUACGGCGAGGACUACUCCGACGCUCUACUGGAGAUCAUCAAUCACUUUGGCGUGAAGCAGUACGCCCUCAUCGGCGGCAUGUACGAUAUGGUCCCGCACACCCGUCCGCUCGUGGUUUCAGGCUUGGGCACCGGUGACAACGUGGAACGCGACUACCGCAUUGCCAACGCGCGCGCCAGCAGCUACGAGGGACCAACCACCAUCACCUACACCGUCAGCCAGACCGCGGCUCAAAACGGAGUCGAGACGCGCGCGUUCGUCGUCCAUUUGCCUCAGUACCUCACCCUGGACGACGAUCACCAGGGCGCGGCCCGCAUGAUGGACCUGCUCUGCCGCCUGUACAACCUCCCCGAUUACAUCGCCCAGACCGAGCGCGGCCAGAAGCAGUACGACGAGCUCACUCCCAACGACGGCCAGAUCCCCACCGGAGACACCCUCGCUCGCAUUGAAGAGAUGUACGACAGUGAAUACGGCGACGACGAGCCGACUGAGCCAACCACGCCGCUCCCGUCCAGCAUCGAAGAAUUCCUCCAGGGCCUGGGCGCGGAUCUCGGCGAGGACGAGGAAUCGCGCUAG